AUGGAAAUAAGAAAAUUAUCAACGUGUAUUUUUUUGAUAUUGAUAAUUUAUGAUGACGUCAUCACGUCAGCAUUCGAAAAAAUUAAAAAAGUCGAAGAAGAAGAAAUAAAAGAAAGUAAAGCUCCGGAACUCAGUUUCACGUUUCCAUCCAUGUCGUCGUUUUCCAUGCCAGAUUUUGGCAUGUCACGUUUACCCUUUUUACAAGCUCUUGCAAAUUUAGGAGGACAGUAUCAAAAUUCAAAAGCGACGAAAACGGAAUAUCUGGAGGUUACUCGGAGACAUACGACUCAUCCCGUUUGUUACACAGCCUAUGAACGUUUACCACCAUGUUUAUCACACGAUUCGAGAACAGAUGACGACGAUUACGAUGAUAUCGAACUCGAUUCUCAGUAUCAAUCGAAUAACAAUUACGAAUUGAACCAAGUAAGAAAAUCUUUUAUAGAUCCAACGCCGACGGUUCAAAUUCGUGAAACGAAAAUUUUGAGUAAUGGAGAAAAUGGCGGAGUCAAUCACAGAAAGCCAAAAUAUCUUAAAUUUAAAUUCAGAGAAGAAAAAAUAAACAAAGGAAAUAAUAAAGGGGGGACGAAUUUAAUGGGAUCGGAAUCUAUGCCAUCGUAUUUGGAUUUUCAAAAACAACAACACGAUUCUUCGGAACCCUUUACAAAAACUAUACUAAUAACAAAACUUGAAAAAUAUAUUGAUCAUAGAGUUACGGCCACUUUAUUGGCACAAAAAUGCAUUCCGAAUGAUCGUAGCAUACCCAUGUGUCGUUCUUAUGAGAAUCCUAUCAGACAAUCACCCGAAGGUUUGUUAAACGUUAGAAUGGAAAAAGAAAGGUCAAAUAACUUUGACAUUAAGCCGACAAUAAUUAAACAAUGA